AGUGUUUGGGGAGGCUCGGUGGGGCCGUGACGCGUGACUGGGCUGUUGCAUGUUGCAAAAUUAGCAACCGAGAGGAGUACACAGUGUUGCCAGAGGCGUGUGAAUAUUCGUUCCUCCUCUGCACCCCGUGUAUUUUUUAAUGUUUCGUCGAGAGGCGUUGUGAGAUGUGAAUCGGGCGGCGCGAGUGACUCCGGGCUCACUCGGGGCAGCGGCGCCGAGGCGGAGGGCACUGCGUCGGGCUGGGUGGCGGCAAGACCCAGCGAGGCCGCGGGGACAGUGUCGCGCUCGAGCGUCGCGGGCACACGGCAGUGCCCCACGGGCCUCUCUCGCAGUGCGCAGGGGGCGCGAGGCCGUCCGCGAAAGGAACUGGUCCCGCAAUUACCUUGUGUCGCCAGCGCUGGCCGCCCUCCUCCUCCUCCUCCUCCUCCCCCCCCCUCGCCGCGCUCCGCCCGCCGCUCUCCUCUCCCUCCCUCACCGGAUCUACACGUCUUGAAAUUAUAUUUACGGAAUGCGCGACUCCGCGAGGGGGGAUCCGGAGGGAGGGCUCGCGGUCGCGGCGCGCGCUCCGUCAUCUGUCACUUGCCAACGAAGCUUAGCCUAACAAGCCGUGUUUUUAGGCACUUGCCUCCCCUCGCUGAGCGAUCGCGCGGAGCCACGUGUAGUGUAGCGGCCGCACGUGCGCGGAUGCGGAUGUGCAAUUGUGUUGCACUGACAUGAUGUGCUGGUGACGCCGCUGACGCUUCCUGUCUUCCCUCGAAGUGACUGAGCUGCGCCUUCCUGUGAAAGCGCUGACGAGGAACAAUUACCGGCCUUUGCUUACUGUAUGUGGGAAAGACAAGGUUCUCGGAAUGGUCGGCGUCAAGGGAGGCGGCGACUGAUGCAGUGCCGCCCUCAGUGCAGUGCCGUCGCGGAAGACAGCAGGCGGAGGCGGUGGUGCUGUGACUAGAAAAGGUCGGAGACACACGCCCUGCACCUGCUGCCACUUGCCAAAUCAAUAAGCCCUGCAAGGAAAUACACGUCAUUGUUCCCUGGCAUCCAAGGAAAAGGAAAUCUUUGUAGUAAUAAAAGUACGGUGAGUGCGAGAAGGACCCAGAAGAACCCCAUACGCCCGUGAAGGGGGGGCAGACCCCUACGCCCCCUCCCCAGGCCCCCAGGGUCCCCUCAGGCGGAGAGCGGGUGUCCCGAAGGUCACAGGACCCCCCCCCCCCGUCCCGCUUGGACAUCUCACUAAAGCAGAAGGAGGAAGGGCGAACGAUGUGGAUGAGUGUGACCUUCCUGAGGGCGUGGGCGGUGUGGUCAUGGGUGAUGAUCCACGCCCUCGCGCCCUACGUCACCGCCCAAGACAUCCUGCGGGACGACCCCUUAGCCCUAUUGGCAGGCACCCUCAGGACCCUCCAGCGGCACGCGUGCGACGGCACCGCCCUCACGCUGCAGUGCCCCGUCAACACCACCAUCGACGUGCUCUACGCCAAGUACGGGAGGCCGCGGCAGGAGGCCGAGCAGCUCGACCUGUGCCCGCCGCUGCCGCACCACGCGCGCCCCGCCCCCAAGCGCCACUGCGAGUACUCGUCCACCGUCGACUAUAACACCCUGCAGCUCGUGGUGGGCGAGUGCCACCACAAGAACCAGUGCCGGAUCCAGGUGUCCCCCGAGACCUUCAGCGAACACGACCCUUGCCCCGAGAUCCGAAAGUACAUCGAGGUCGCCUACAAGUGCCGCCCAGAAAGAUUCAUAAACAAAAUCGUGUGCGAGGGAGGCGAACUCACUCUGAAAUGCGGCAAGAACUCCCGCCUGGCGAUCUACAGCGUGCUGUUCGGGCGAAGCAAAGAGGGCUCUUUCAUGUGCCCCCAGCCGGCGGGCGUCCCGGAGGAAGACUGCCAGGCGAGCUUCGCGACGGAGAUGGUGAUGUCGCAGUGCCACGGCAAGAGGCAGUGCGAGCUCCACGCCAACUCUAGCAAGUACGGGAAGCCCUGUUCGUCCGAAUCGAGGAUGUACAUGAAGACUGUGUACACUUGUGUUCCACGGAAGAUCCUGAAGGAGCCGUACCAGGGGGAGCUGGAGCCCGACGAGCAGCCCGAGGAAAUCCCGGAGGAGAGCAUGAUGUCUCCGCCGGCCAUGCCCCCCGCGCGGCGCCCCGACCCCCCGCCGCCGCAGUCCUCGACCUCCGACCCGCACGACACGAAAGCGACGACCGUCUUCUACAACCCCACCGUCACCACGAAGCUUCCUGAGAAGAAGGGAGACAACGGCGUGAGAGACUACCCCCAGGACGGCGUCCCCCGGAGCCAGCCGGACCUCAUCAACUGCACCGUGACCAUCCUCUCCGGCUCCAAGAACCGGGAGAUCGGCUUCCUCACGGAGUGGAUGAGGGCGGUCGCCUUUAUCAAAAAAAAUUUCGAGAAAUUCAUUUUGUACUUGAUGGUUGGACUGUGUGUGGGUUUGUUGCUCUUCCUGUUUGUGGUCGUGGGUCGUCUCCUUUUGGAAAGACAUCUGGCCAAGCGAGAAGCCAAGAAUGUCAACGACCCGCUCACCUCUGUUUUUGCAACAGAUAUCGACGACAUCGACGGCGACCUGGACCGGUCGGCGCCCCACGGCUCGUACCUGUGCUUCUCGCCGUCGGCCCAGGAGCCCCAGCACAACGUGGUCCACUACACCACCAUAAGAUCGGGCAUCAGACAGCAGGACAGCGACACCAAUCCACGGAGCUUAAGCAGAACAAAUAACAACCAGUUAUUUUAUAGUUAGUUGUCAAUAGACGGCUUUUUGUAGCUUUACAUUCUGUACAGUAUAGUAAUUCUUAAAGUUAUUUAUACAACACUGAUGUAUAGAUAAUUGUACAUAUUGCUAAGAUAUUGCUUUUCACAAGUUAUGUUGUCUUUUUUUCUUUGCUCAGUGUGUUUGUGUGUACUUAAUCCAAGCAAAUUGUUCUGACAAUAUAAUAAAACCAAAAAUGUGUAUUGUGCUAGUUCUGUGACUAUGUAAAUAUGAAGAGCCUAGAGGAACAAUUGGGUAACAGGAAGAUACGGGGCUUCAGAUAUACUGUGUAUAUGAAGGUGUGAGCUCACGAGACGGAAAUGUGUUCAGUGUUGGCCAAGCUCUUGCAUGAUAGAAGCUCGUGAAUAACAUACUAGCCAAAACAACGGUGUUAAAUUGUGUUGAUAAUCGACGUGACGUUUGGAAAAAAAAGUAGUUUUGUAAAUGAGAUGCAAAAAUCAUAAUGUUCAGAAACACCAUACUCUUUGCUUGUAUAUUUCCUAUCGCGGCUAGGAAUUUUAUUUAUUUUUUUUUUUUUAUUUGUAAGAUAUUAGUUUUUGAUAUGUGUAUAAUGCUUUAAAAAUUAUGUGACCACAUCUUUUUGACAUAAAAAACUAAUUUAUUCCGGGUAGUCAUUUCUGUAUGUUGCAAAGAGCAUUCUAUUCAGUUGACUUGCUUGAUGCAAAGGAAACUGUCUGAUUGGUACCAGAAGGCUGACGAAGGUAAAGCAGUGAUUGCAAGUCCUCCUGAAAUAUUUUAUUUGUGUCAUACUGCAGGGAUACUUUGCCAACAUAUGCCUGGGCCACGGGAUGGAAAGGUAGAGGUUCGUCUUAAAUUCGGUUUUCCUUGAGUAAUUUGUAUGUCUGGAGAAAAAAUGAUUAUUUGUAUUGUUAAUUUGUAGAUGCCACAUUUCACACACACACACAUACACAACAGUGAUUCCCGAAUGGAAAAUUACAUAUAAUGUUCAGUGUAAAAAAAACAUUUAAUUGCAUUCGGGAACAUUUACAGUACAAGUGUACAAACAUCCAUCCACAGUUUAACACUAUAUGAUGAAUGUUUCCGCUUUCUGUACUGUACUGUGCAUUCGCAAACAUAUACUAUUUGUGACUCAAUCUAGUUUUAUUUCAAAUUGAAUACCAUGCAUUAGAACCACACAGCAUUGCACAGGAACACUAAAGGCAGUUAAAUUUAAAGUACUGAGAUGAAAGGAAAAUGAUCGAGAGAGAGAGAGAGAGAGAGAGAGAGAGAGAGAGAGAGAGAGAGAGAGAGAGAGAGAGAGAGAGAGAGAGAGAGAGAGAGAGAGAGAGAGAGAAGGAGAAGGAGAGGGAGAGACGGUAACCGAUCAGCCUCUGGCCGUUGUUUCGAACACAGUGAGAAAGCUUAUUUUUUGUUCCCGAGGCGCUUUGCCUUGCUCUGGCUGUCUUACUCAGGACUGGUGUGUAUUAUGUGCAACAACUACUUGCAGCUCAGCAGGCAAAUGUUUAGGUUUAAAGACGUGCUACUAUAUAUAUCUGUCUUGAAGUUUGCCUCUCAGAGUCUAUAUUUUUGUGUUUGUUCAUAUGUGAAGGCAUCUGAGACCCAUUUGCCAUUUAUGAUUUGAACUAUAGUUUGUACAGUGCUUUUUUAGUCCAAAUAUGUAAUGUAAGCAUUCUUAAAUUUUGGUGAUUUGUUUGUGAAAUUUUGCCUUUUUGAUAAUAGUGACUCAAACACACAGCAUUUUAAAUGAUAAAUUGUAAGGCUAACAUACAUAGUGAAGAAAAAGUUUAAGAUUUAUUUUUCAUAUCUUUGAUCAGAAAUAUGAAAUGUGUUAAAUAGAAAAUACUUUUCAAAUAAGUAUUAAUUUAAGGGCUUUUUAUAUACAAAGUGAAGUGUUGGCUUUCAAACAGUUUCACAGAUAUUGUUUGAGGCAAAUAUAAAAAAAUUGAGAUCUGACUGUAUAGUAUUAAUAUUGAUUAAGUAUUUGAAUGUCCAGUUACUAUCAUUUCUGUGAAAAGGUGAAUUAAAAUCGAAAUGUACAAUAUUUUUGCCAAAGCCAAAUGUAUAGAGAAUAUUUGUUCUUUGUCAAUAAUCAAAUAUUGAUUUAAAAAGAACUCUAAGACAUUUCUAGAAUUAACAAGAAAACUUCAGGUUGUAUGUAAUCUCUGUGUGUUUCUUUUUAGAAGUUUUUUUUUUCUCUUCCAUUUAAUUGCACCAAAUCAUUAUGGUUAUCUUCAAAAGUUUGUAUAGAAUAUUUUGGACACAGU